AUGGAGCUUCCGCCCGAUGCCCGGCGGGGCAAGAGUCGCGCGGCGGCCGUGAGCCCGUUGGUGCUGCGCGAAAUCGUCGCCGUGCGACGCGCGCAUCCCGAGCUCGCGAACGAGCACAUCGCGACGGCCGUCAACGCGCAGUACGGCACGCGCCUCGGCUGCAGCGACAUCGAUCGACUCUAUCGAAAGGCCACCGUCGAAAGCAGCGUAGGGAAGAAUAAGUUCGUUCGUUAUAAGAACGCGGAGCUUGAGGCGGAGUUAGCGCGGUGGACGCGCGAGAGGCGGCUCCGUCUCGAGGCGUGGUGGGCGGCGCGGGGGAAGACAAAGGUCCAGAGGUCGAGCAUCGUGCAUAACCUGCAGAAACACGCGCGGCGCGUCGCAGAGCGGUUCGGCGUGCCUCCUCUAUUCGAGUUCGAGCGCUGGUGGUGCUGCGAAGUGCUGCGCGACGCGGGUCUCGACGAGUGCGGCGAGGAGGUGGGGACGCCCUCGGGGGACGAAGGGGGGACGCGGGGGAGGGACGAGGCGGAAACGCGCGACACGCAGGGGGAGAAGCAGGACGACCGCGUCGCACGCGAUAACGGAGAGGCGCCGGACUCUACUAGUGCUGGCGAAGGCGGCUUAGGCGGCGCUGCGGAAGGCGAGCUGAGUGCGGGUAGAAGCGGCGGGGGCGAUGAGGGCGGAGAGGCCGACGAGGCGCAGGUACCUGCGGGCGCACCGUCGUGGGCGCGGGGCAGCGCCGCGGCCGUGCGCUCCAGCAGCACGCCCAACGGCGGGUCGGCCGCGGCGCCGGACGCGGCCAGCGCGGCUGCGAGCGCGCUGGCGGCGCGCGUGCGGUACGAGGUGGCGAUGCUGGCGUGCUACGUCCGCCACAUCGCCAAAGAGAGCCGCCGCUGGGUGCGUGCGGACGCGGGGGGGAGCGCGCCUGGCGCGGCGGACGCGGGGGAGAGCGCGCUGGAGGAGGCAGUGGCGCUGUGGGUGGUGGCAGAGGAGGAGGGCGCGGGGCGCGCUGUGAGCCGCGCGCAGCUGGUGGGCAAGGCGAGGGAGCUGGCACGGGGUUGCGGCGUGGAGGAGGGGCGGUGCACUGAGGCAUGGGCGAGCAGGUUCGUUAGCCGGAGGAGGCUGAGGACGAAAGUGAGGCGCACGGGAACAGCGAGUGACGAUGAGGAUGCGGAGGGGGAGAACUUCGAGGAGGAGUAUGAAGAGGACUGGGGGGGGUACGACGACUGCCGUGCUACUGCUGGUGGUGGGGCGAGCACGAGCACGGGGUCAGAGAGGGACAGGCGGAUGGGGCUGCUGGCGGGGGUGGAGAACCCGUACCGCCAUGCACGCGCUCUGCUCAUGAGCCUGGCUCGCCAGGAGGGCGCCAUGCUGCCCUCCCACGUGCUGGAGGAGGCCGUUCUGGAUGCGGGGCUGCUGGAUGCUGGGUUGCUGGACGCGGGGCUGCUGCCCCCAGCGCCACGAGCAUCACCAGUGCCAGCGCCACGACGAGACGGCCAGGUGCAGCGUGGCGAGCCACCAGCGCCAGCAGUGGGCCGUGGGGAGCCUGUGAGCCGUGCUGUGUCGCAGGGAGAGGUGGGCGAGAGGCAGGGGGGGGCAGACUUGGGAAGAGCAGGGGAUGCUGGCGGUGGGAGAGGGGAGGGUGAAGUGGGUGGCGCCAGGCAGUCCCCAUCUCCUUGGCAUGAUGAUGCAUGGCGCUCCGUGUCCCCCCUGCCCGCCAUGGGCAGCCUCGAGCUGCAGGCGCUGCAGAGGGAGGUGAGCAGCGAGAGCGUUGUCCUGUCCCACUUCCACUUCCACUGCCUGCCACCCGCCUUCCAGGGCAGUGGUGGCGGGGGAGAGGGGGCAGAUGCAUCAUUGGGCGUGGUGGUGGAGAGGCAGCUGCCGGGGCUCAUUCUGAGUCACAUCAGAGCCAUCUGCCUCACCGCCCUCGCCCGCCCCCACCUGCCCCACGCUCAGCUGCUGCACGCCAUUGCCCAGGCCUGGGGGCUGGCGCUCUCUCCCCUUGACCUGCGCGCCAUCCUUGCCCAGACCACCAGGUGGAUGGUGCUGCCGGGGGGCAUCACGAGGGCCGGGGUAGAGGGGCGGGUGAGGGAGCGCGUGCAGAGGGAGGAGGGGCGGCGGGCGGGGCGAGUGGAGGUGGUGCUGCUGCAGUGGGUGCAGCAGCUCUCCGCCACCAUCCUCCUCGACCGCGCCCGCUUCUCCUUCCCACCUGGCUUCCACUGGGGCUCGCCUGCUGCUGCUGAAGCCAGCAGUGCUGCUGCUGCCGGUUCUGCUGCCGCCGGAUCUGCUGCCGCCGGUGCUGCUGCUGCUGCUGCUGACGCUGCCAGUGCUGCAACUUCUAGUGGUGCUCAGAGUGGUGGUGAUGAUGGUGGCACUGCUGUUACAGCGGGUGGGGUGAUGGAGGAGCAUAUGAGGCGCCUCUUUGGCCCACUGGAUCCGGGAAUGGUGGCAUCCACCACCGCCAAUUCUUAUCUUGGUGGGACCGUGAGCGCACAGGUGGGUGGGAGCCUGCUAGGGAAGCACGGGGUGCCGCUCAUUCUGACGCGCCCCAUGCUGCGCCAGGCAGCGCGCCGCAUCGCCCCGCUGCUGUACCGCAGCGGCAGGGGCUGCCCGCGCUUCGAGAUCUACUGGUGCCGCCGCUUCCUGCGCCGCCUCGAGGCUCUGCGGUCGCUGGCUCGCCUGAAGCUCACUGCCGCCCGCCAGGGGGGUCCGGCACCCGUUAAACGCGCGGAGCAGAUGAAACGCGUGGAGCAGUUGAAACCCGUGGAGCAGAUGAAACGCGUGGAGCAGAUGAAACGUGUGGAGCAGAUGAAACGUGUGGAGCAGAUGAAACGUGUGGAGCAGACGGUUUGGGUGAAGCUAGACUGCAAGCAGGAGGAGAAGCGAGAGAGGAGGGAAGUGGUGGAGGGAGGCGAAGUGAGGGAGGAUACGAACGAGAUGGGGACGAGGGAGGGCAGGGGAGAGAAGACGAAACGGCUGGCGAGGUGCUACGAGGAGGAGGCGCGGGAGCAGGCAGUGGUGGUGGGUGCGGUGCAGGCCACGUGGGGCGUGCAGGUGGGCGAGGAGCUGCUGGCUCUGCUGUGGCAGCAGCGCUCCCAGCUGCUGGGCGACGGGUGGGAGGGGCGGAUCAGAGCACAGUUAGCAGGUGUCGUGCAGCAGAGGGAGGGUGGGGAUGGGGAGAAGGAGGAGGUGAAGGCUGGGGAUGAUGGUAAGGGGCAGGUGGGGCAGGAGAAGGGGCAGGUGGGGCAUGAGAAGGGGCAGGUGGGGCAGGAGAAGGGGCAGGUGGGGCAGGAGAAGGGGCAGGUGGGGCAGGAGAAGGGGCAGGUGGGGCAGGAGAAGGGGCAGGUGGGGCAUGAGAAGGGGCAGGUGGGGCAGGAGAAGGGGCAGGAGGGGCAUGAGAAGGGGCAGGUGGGGCAUGAGAAGGGGCAGGUGGGGCAUGAGAAGGGAGUGCAUGGUGAGCCCAGCGCGGUGCUGCUGCAGUGGGUGGCGUGGCGGGCCGUGCGUGCACUGCUGCUGGCACUGGACGGGCCACAGUGGCACGGCAGGCUGCUGGCACGUGUGGCAUGCAAGGUGUAUCGGGGGGAUAUAUGCAGGGCCGGGCAGGACCACUGCACCGUGCAUGCGGUGAAGCAAGGUGCAUCUAGGGACGGGCGGGGCGAGCGUACGGUGCAUACAGUGGCGCAAGGUGUGUGUGGUGGAGGUGGAGGGAACGGGAAGAGGAGGCGUGAAGGGGAGGGAGCGUGGGUGCGAUGCGUGCAACGAGGAUACUGGUACUUCGACCGCAGUGGGAUUGCUGAUGCUCAUGCUGGUGAUGGUGGGAAUAAUGAUGAUAGUGAUGAUGAUGGUGGUGGUGAUGAUGGUGGUGCUGGCAUGGGAGCAUGGCCACACAGCGAGCAGCCAGUGGGAGGUCGAGGCAACCUGGCAGGGCGGCAGUACAGCGCAGCGCCUGCCUGCCAGGCACGGGCGAUUGCUCCCCGCCCCACCCCGCCCACGGCAGGGGCAGCGCCGGCAGGUGCAGGAGGAGCAGUGGCGGUGGGGGUGGGGUCCGCUGCACACGGGCAGAGCACAGCAACGGGUGCAUGGGGUGGCGCACAGGCAGCAGCAGCAGGCGCAUGGCAGCAGGGGCACACCACGCAGACUGCAGCAGCCAUGCCCGCACGCUCACACACACACACCACACCAUUAGCAGCGUGCCCCAUGCCUGCUUCUCUGCCCCAUCAUCCCCCCUCUCAACCUCCCCCCUUCCAACCCCCCCACUCUCGCCCUCCCCCCUCUCACCCUCCCCCCUCUCACCCUCCCCCCUCUCACCCUCCUCCCUCUCAUCCUCCCCCCUCUCAUCCUCCCCCCUCUGCACGCAUUGUGGGGCCCGGAACGGGAAGGAGGGAGGGGAGGAAACGGCAAUCAAAUCAGGCAGCUGGAAAGGUUCUGAAGGAUGGGCGGGCAGGGAAAGGGGCAGCAAAAGGAUCAGCCUUUCAGAAUGCAUGGAAGAUGCUGAUGGUGCGAGGGGGUGAGGAGGAGGACGAGGAGGGUGAGGAGGGAGAGGAGGGAGAGGAGGAAGAGGAGGGAGGGGAGGGAGAGGAGCAGGAGGCAGAGAGGAGACUAGACAGUGGGGAACUGAAACGCAAUGGCAAGAAGAGGAGGGUUACAUGGGGGGAUGAGGGAGUGAAUGGCAGGCAGGAUGGAGAGGCAGGGGGUGAUGGUAGAAGCACUGGUGGCGAUGGCAGUAGCGACAGUGAGAGCAGUGCGAGUGGGAGUGAGAGUGAGAGUGGGAGUGAGAGUGGCAGUGGGAAUGGUAGUGGGAGUGGUAGCAAGAGUGACGGGGUUGAGGAGGGCAGCAGUGAUGAGAGCGCGCAGGGAGGGCAGAGCAGCCCAGCUCACCCAGGUGUCACAGCAGGCGGGGGGCAGCAGGCAGGGGGAGGGGGUGCAGGCAGUGGGGUGAGCAGCAGCACAUGUGGCGCCGGCAGCAGGUGGGGGAGGUUGCAUCCAGGGCUGGAGCUCUUUGUGCAGCCAGAGGCAGCAGCAGCCAUGCAGGGCACACCUGGGGGAGGUGCAUCUGUGCCACUCCCUCUCUCCCAGAAUCUGGUUGAAGCAGUGGUGGAGACGGCACUUGUGGCGGCAGCAUGCUGA